GCAAAGAUUUCCAAGGAAGAAACUGGGGAGUGGCCAAAAACUUAGCUCAGUCAUCAACCAAAACAAACGGCCUCUGUUUUCCCCUGUUUUCCAAUUUGCCAGCUCCAUUCUACUAGUAACUUGCUCAUUGAUCAACCAAACCCACCGCCGUUUUCCUUUGCUCUCAGAAUUCUAGAUCCGUUAUACUCGUAAAUUUCUCAAUCGUCAUCCAAACCCACCUCUGUUUUUUUCCCUGUUUCCCGAACUUUAGCUCCAUUCUACUAGUAAUUUGCUCAUUCAUCAACCAAACGACCUCUGUUUUCUCCUGUUUCUAUCCAGCCUCCCCUGUUUACCUUCUUCUUCUGAUCUCUCUGCCUCCUCUGUUCUUACCCCUCUCUUUUCCUACUCCUUGAAGAAAUGAGGGCCGAAAGAUCUUCCUGGAUGGAGUUUCUGUUCACGGCGGCGUUGAUACUCGCCGCCUUUUCUCCGUUGGCGGUGAGCUGCGCUACCACUGUUCUCCGCUUGGAGAGGACACCGGUCCCUUUGAAUUCAUCUGCUGGCGUGGAGAAAAUCAGUGCUCAGGACCGGGCUAGGCACGCCCGUCUGUUUAGCGGCGUCGCCAACUUCUCCGUCUACGGAUCCGCCGAUUCCGAACUCUACGGGAUUUACUACACUAAAGUCAAGUUGGGCUCUCCUCCUCAAGAGUUCAGCUUACAGAUAGAUACAGGCAGUGAUUUGCUUUGGGUUAGCGCAAAAACUUGUGGGAACUGCCCACGCUCCAGCAGUUUCAGGAUUGAGCUUAGGUUUUAUGAUGCUGCUGCAUCUUCCACCGCCAAGGUGGUUCCUUGCUCCAAUAAAGCUUGCCCAACUCGCUGUACCGAGAAUGGAGAGUGUAGCUACAAGAUCAAUUAUGAAGAUCAUAGUGAAACAGAUGGAUAUUACGUUGUAGAUAGAAUCUACUUGGAUUCCAUUCAGCCCGACUCGACCAUUGCCACCUCGUCAGCCCCCAUCGUGUUUGGUGCUAGCACCUACCAGUCUGGUGAGUUAGGUGAUUCAGCCCUUGCCGUUGAUGGAAUGUUUGGACUCGGACACGGACCUCUCUCACCCAUCUCACAAUUGUCCUCCGAAGGAGUUAUACCCCGAGUUUUCUCUCAUUGCUUGAAAGGAGAGGGCCUCGGGGGUGGUACGUUUGUUCUUGGAGAGAUAUCGGAGCCGGGGAUGGUCUAUACCCCUCUUGUCCCAGCACAGCCUCAUUACAAUCUUGAUCUGCAAAGCAUAGCCGUGAAUGGAGAGCUGUUGCCUGUUGAUUCAUCCGUCUUUACAACGUCAACUGGUCGAGGAACGUUUAUUGACAGUGGAACGACUUUGGCAUACCUGGUGGAAGAAGCUUACGAGCCAUUCAUCAGUGCUGUUACUGCUGUGGUCUCACCAUCCGCCACUCCUAUACUAAGCGAGGGACAACAGUGUUACUCAGUCACUUCCAGUGUUUCUCAAGUAUUCCCUGCAGUAAGCUUUAAUUUUGCCAACAGCGCAUCUCUUCUGUUAAAACCAGCAGACUACCUUCAUCAAUCUGUUAUGGAUGUUGGUGGCAUUUGGUGUGUAGGGUUUUUGAAGAAGCCAGGAGUGACCAUCUUAGGAGAUCUUGUUCUGAAAGACAAGAUCGUUGUGUACGAUCUUGUCCAUCAGCAGAUUGGGUGGACUUACUACGACUGUUUGAAGGCAGUGAAUGUUUCUGUUCCGAAACAGCGAAGCUCGAGUGCUUCUUCCAGCGACAUGCUGUUGACGUCGCUGCCUCUAGCAAUCAUCAUUCUCUCCUUACAAAUAUUCUCGGUGAUUGUGGAUCAAGUCAAUGUAAAUUAGUGUUCUUAGCUAGCUUGUGGAUCAAGUCAAUGUAAUUAGUGUUCUUAGCUAGCUUAGUCCAUGUUUUUUAUACAGUAUCUGAACAAUAUGAUCAAUAAUUCACUCUUUCCCCUGAUUCUUAAACUGUUCCCAUUCCUGACUUAUGAGUUACUAAUGAGAAGGGAGUGGAGUAUAGGAACGGCAUGAAGUAUCAAAUGGAUUUCUUACUAAUUAUGUUCUUCCUAAUUAGCAUAUUAAUUAAAACCGGCCUCCUAAAUUAACCCGCACAUCAAUAUUGAAAUUCAAAAUACACAAUAUCAAUUACAGUUGUCCUCAACAAUAUAUAGAAACAUCAUUAUUGUUGUUUCUCAUUUUUUUUUUUUUUUUUUUUUUUUGUGGGGGAUCAAGGAAGACAAUAAUCACUUUCCAAAACACCAAUAAAAAAUGGUAUAACAUAGAUAUAACUUUCCAUAACACCGGAAGAGAAAUAUGGUAUCAUUAAUCUUCUAUCUUUUUGGCUUCCUAUAUAAACAGAUAAUCUAUCACUUAAAUUACCAAUUGAAAUCUCAACACCAAAACAAAAAAGUUCAGACUUUAUCAAGCUCUGUGCCGGUUCCAUAUCCAAGCAUACUAUGGGGAAGACUUGUUUCAAGUUGUUGUUCUACAUCGUGCUUUUGAUUUUUGUUGUUUCUGGUAAGUAUAUUUUUUUCGUCUUUGUUAUAUGAUAGCACAUCAUUUUCGUAUUGUCUUCAAUUCAUAAACAAAAUCAACAGAUUCUUUUCUUUGCUAACAUGAUCUGUUGUUUUCAAAAUAAAAAAUAAAAAUUGCGUACUGCAGGCGGGAACAAGAAUCAAAUUGGAGCAGAAGGCAAAUACGUGAGCAAACCGUGUGCAAGUCAGGAUGAUUGUGCUUCAUGGGGUCCCCCAUGUCACUGUAACUUGGGACUUCAUAUGUGCGUCUGUAACGUACCACCGAGUGCAAAAUCUCUUCUAAACUAAAUCUCAGAAACUGGAAGAUCGAUAUUUGAUACUAUUAUAUGAAUAAAAUGGAUGUUUUGUU